AUGACGUACCACGAACGAGAUUUACUCGAUUCACGAACUUCAACACAUCAUCAACAAUCUCCUUUGCAGAGAAGAACAGGUAAUCAAAGUCAUAAUCAAUGGUAUUCUUCUCGUCUUUCACUUUCACAAUCACUUCGAAUCGAAUGCAAAGCAGAAGAACGACAUUUUCUCGCUGAUUCUUCUCCUUUGCACACAUUUAAUUCAUCCUUGCAACCAAUUCGGUACACCAUGACUGAACAAUACAAACCUGUACAAUUUCGUUCACAAAUUAUCGUUCACAACAAUCCCGACACUGACGUGUUCGUUGAAAGACUUCAAGUUGCUUUCUAUCAACCUGACGAAUUGCCGAAACAUCAUUCUUCAUCGCCACCGUCGCGUAGUCAGUCAUUGAACGCGCCAAGACCGUCCAUACCUCAACGACGACCUUAUCAUCAACUUCAGCAUUCCGAGCACGAUCAUGAUUCUCGGCGAACGCAGCAAACUAGUGCUUUACCCGAACCUCAAGCAUUGCUACAUCAAUGGAUCGAUGACAUCUGUGCUAAUGAACAGCUGAUGUCCAAUGAUGACAUCGUCUUUUUCAUAAAAAAUGGAGAGUUUUUCGCAAGAAUUUAA